AUGCGGCUGGCCACUCUCGCUUCCGGCAGCAGCACGAUGCUGAACUCCCUGGCCCUCUGUGACAGGGAAGUGGUCGCCGAGUGCGAGCCGUGCGCUGAAAUGGUCGAGCCGGCCCUGCCCACCACCUCUGGCAACUCCAACCAGGACUGCCUGGACAUGCUGGAGCUGGCGGCAGUGGCGGGGCCCGCCAGCAGCGGCGAGGCGGUGGCGGUGCCGCCGCUGGUGCUGCCGCUGGCUGCCGAGUCUGACAACGAGGCGGAUGAGGCCAUCUCGGAUGAGCCCACCCCCAAGUUCCGCAAGCUGUCCUGCUCAGAGCCCACGUCCGCCGUGAGGUCGGCGCUGCGCCCCGAGCUGCUGUCGGCCCUCAAGGCGCGCGGCACGGUGUUCCUGGGCCAGGGCGAGGGCGUAGUGGAGGGCUACUGCCGCGGCGUCAUCGCCUCGGAGCAGACAGAGGACAACUUCUAUGUCUACAACCUGGCGGUGGUGGAGCGGCUGCACGCGGCGUGGGUGCGCCUGAUGCCGCGCGUGCACCCCUGCUAUGCCGUCAAGUGCAACCCGGACGAGGGCCUGCUGGCGGUGCUGGCCUCGCUGGGCGCCGGCUUUGACUGCGCCAGCGAGGCGGAGCUGGCGCGGGUGCUGGCGCUGGGGGUGGCCCCCGACCGCCUGGUGUACGCCCACCCCUGCAAGCCGCCCAAGCAGAUCCGGUGGGCGCAGGCGCACGGCGUGGACCUCACCACCUUUGACUCAGAGUCGGAGCUGGCCAAGAUGGCGCAGCACCACCCCGGCAGCGGCCUGCUGCUGCGCAUCCGCGCCGACGACCCCGCCGCGCGCUGCCAGCUGGGCAACAAGUACGGCGCGGAGCUGGCCUGCGUGCCGCGCCUGCUGGAGGCGGCCGCGGGGCUGGGCUUGCGCGUGCGCGGCGUCUCCUUCCACGUCGGCUCUGGCGCCAAGAACCCGGCCGCGUUCAGCGCCGCCAUCGAGGCCGCGCGCCGCGUGUUUGACCUGGGCGCUGCCCUGGGCUUCCGCAUGGACGUGCUGGACCUGGGGGGCGGCUUCUGUGGCGGGGAGGUGGGCCCCGACGGGCACGUGGACCUGGGAGGCGUGCCAGACGCCAUCAACGUCGCUCUCGACCGCCUCUUCCCUGACGACGGCGAGCUGCGCGUGAUUGCGGAGCCGGGGCGCUACUUUGCGGAGGCCUGCGCCACCUACGCCUGCUACAUAAACGGGUGGCGGGGGCGGGCGGUUGAGGGCGGGCAGCAGGCCUACGACUACUACAUCACAGACGGCCUCUACGGCUCCAUGAACUGCCUGGUGUACGACCACGCUGAGCUGGCGCCCGUGGGCCUGCGCUCGCCGCUGCUGCCGCCCGUGGCUGCGGGCGAGGACGCCGCCCUGCACCCCUCCACCCUGUUUGGCCCCACCUGCGACGGCCUGGACACGGUGUGCCGCGACGUGCCCAUGCCGCGCCUUCGCAACGGCGACUGGGUGCUGUUUCCGCGCUUUGGCGCCUACACCAUCGCCGGCGCCGUCAACUUCAACGGGUUUGACAUCACUGGCGCCAAGGUGCACUAUGUGUACUGCUGA